AUGUUUGGUGAAGUUAUGUCGAUCGUUGUGGACGUCAAUACGAGCACUCAAGAUGAAAAUAUCUACGAGAAACUAAAGAAGGCGGCUCAAGAUGGGGAUAUAGAAAGACUCUACGAAUUGAUAGCAGAAGAUCCUAACAUUCUAUGUCACUUUGAUAAGAUGUCGUUUUGUGAGACGCCACUUCACAUUGCAGCUGAAAAAGGGCAAACUCAUUUUGCCAUGGAGUUAAUGACACUUAAGCCGUCGCUUGCUUCAAAGUUAGACCUGUCAGGUUUCAGUCCACUACAUUUAGCCCUGCAAAACAACCACAUCCGUAUGGUGAGAGCGUUUGUGGCAAUCGAAAGCAGCUUAGUCAGCAUCAAGGGAAGAGGAAGAAUUACUCCUUUGCAUCAUGUGGCUCGGACAGGGGAUGCAGAGUUGUUGAGUGAGUUCUUGUUAGCCUGUCCUUCUUCCAUAGAAGAUUUGACGAUUGGGUGUGAGACAGCUGUGCACAUUGCUGUGAAGAACAACCAGUUGAUGGCGUUUAAGGUUCUAUUGGGAUGGGUCAAGAGAGUAAACAAAGAGGAAAUUCUGGACUGGAAAGAUGAAGAUGGUAACACAGUCUUCCAUAUUUCUGCAUUGAUAAAUCAGACUGAGGUAAUGAAGUUGCUGCGUAGAACUGUUAAAGUAAAAGCCAAGAACUUGGAUGGGAAAACCGCAAUGGACAUACUCCAAACUCACCAAUCUCCUUAUUUCCCUGAAGCAAGAAGACUUCUCCACAGUGUUAAAGAAAGAUUACUUUGUUCUUCCACAACGACUCUGGCAGGAUACUUGAGCAAAAAUCUAUCGUUUGUUGAAAAACGAAACAAACUCUUGGGGCUGAGCAUCUUGAGCUUGACUAGUGAUAGAUCUGUAAACAAUAGCGAUCGACGGGAUGCAAUACUGGUGGUGGCUAUAUUGAUAGUAACAGAAACAUACCAGGCCGGUCUCAGUCCUCCUGGGGGAUUUUGGCAAGAUAAUUCCUUCAAGAACGGCGAAUAUCACUUUGCUGGGGAGAUGACUAUGUGGUCAGUAGAUGCCGUUUUUUUUAUUGGUCUUAACAUGUUUGCCUUCGUAUCAUCUCUAUAUGUGAUCAUUGUCCUCAUAAUUGGACUCCCCAUGUGGAAGCUAAUCUAUGCUUCAACGGCUGCUUUAAGUAUCGCUAUGUUAGCAUCAUACUUCACUAUACUACCAACGUAUGGUGGCAAAUUCCAACUCAUAUCAAAGGAGGUCUUCGCCUACGCAUUCCCAUUGAUCAUUGGAACCAUGCUGUUUGCUACUUUCACGGCUUACAUUGUUGAUAAACGUCGCAUGUACAAAGUGGACUUCCCGGCUAGCUGCUUCAGCAUAUCUGAUCCAGCGCAUCCUGGUUAUCUUUUACUAUUUAGUGGGAUUUGUGUUACUCUUGUUACUCUUUAUUUACGUUUUUAA